ACCGGCCGGGAAGUAUCAGUCUAGCUUAAGUGUUCGAUCGCGGACAAUCGAGCGAGAAGUCUCGGAGUUUGGGUUUACAUAGACUGUGAUCAGAAGAAACGUCAACAUGAGUUACCUCAAGUGCUUAGUGCCCCUAGUGCUCCUAGUGUUGCUGGGUAGCGCGUCUGCCAAGCCCGGCAUUCUCGGCGAGUUGAUUAACCACCACCACCAGCACCAUCAACCCAGUCUCCUGGACCCCCUUGGCCUGUUCCACAAGGGCAGCGGUGCCUCCUCGAAGGCCGACGCCAGUGCCAGUUCUAGCGCUACCAACAUCCAGGGUGGUCUGAACCUGGGUCUCAUAGGUUUUCAGGGCAGCAUCAGCAACGCCAACGCCCAAGCCAACGCCAACGCCGGUGCCAACGGCUACGGUGGCGGUCGCGGCUCUGCGAAUGCUCAAGCCAAUGCCAACGCGAACGCCAACGCCUACGGUGGUGCUAGUGUCAGUGCUAACGCCGAUGCCAACGCCAAUGCCGGAAGCUACGGUAACGGCGGAUACGGUCAGAACUACGGUCCCGGAUACGGACAGGGUGGAUACAACGGUGGACAGUCCAACGCCAACGCCAACGCCCAGGCUAAUGCCAAUGCUAAUGCUAAUACUCAAGGCAAUACUUACGCGUACGGGCCAACUUCCGGUUACUAUCAAAAUGCCGGUGGCGACUACAAUUACGCCCAGCAACAGCCGAACUUUGUCGACAACAACAACCUGCAACAGCAGUCCUCCGGUUACGCGAACACGCAAGCUAACGCCAAUGCGCAAGCUAACGCCAAUGCGCAAGCUAACGCCAAUGCGCAAGCUAACGCUGGCGGAAGCGGCUACGUUCAGCAACAAUCGAGGCCGAUCGGCGGCGGUACCCUCGUCAUACCGAUCGCCGUCGUGGAAGUGCCUCAGAAGCCACACAGACAACACCACCAUCACCAUCACCACCACAGGAAUCCACCACCACCUCCUCCUCCGCGUCCCGCUGUAUACCCUCCACCACCUCCACCACAAAGGCCACCGCCGCCUCCUCAGACCAGCCCGGUCGAGAUCAUCGUUAUCGAGGAGACCAGACCUGUUAGAGGUAACGGAUGCAGCCUGCAAGGUUGCGGCCAGUACAAACCCACUCCCAACUACGGCUCGAACCCGUUCCUCAGCGGUGGUGGUCAUGCCAACGCCGGAGCAAACGCUAACGCCAACGCUGGUGCCAAUGCUGGAGCCGGUGGCAACAACUACUACCAGGGUGGUGCUCCCCAGUACCAACCGGGUUACAACCAAGGCAGCGGUAACGCUGGUGCCAACGCUGGAGCCAGUGCUAAUGCCAACGUCAACGCUGGGGCCAACAGUGGUGUCGGUCACCAGGUUUACCAACCAGUACAGCCAGUGCAACCCGUACGGCCAGUUCAACCCGCUCCUGUCAUCCCCCAAGUGAACUACGGAGGUGCUAACAGUCAAGCCGCUGCUAAUGCCAACGCCAAUGCCAACGCCGGAGCCAACAGCGGUGCCGGUCACCAGGUCUACCAACCAGUGCAACCGAUCCAGCCAGUUCAGCCAGUCCAACCCGCUCCCGUCAUUCCCCAAGUAAACUACGGAGGUGCCAACGGUCAAGCCGCUGCUAAUGCCAACGCUAACGCUAACGCUGGAGCCAACGGUGGUUCCGGCUACCAGGUCUAUCAGCCAGUCCAACCUGCGCCAGUACCGGCCCCAGUCGUUCAAGUUCCCCAAGUGAACUAUGGAGGAGCCGGCGGUCAAGCCGGUGCUAACGCUAACGCCAACGCCAAUGCCGGAGCUAACUCUGGAGCCGGUGGCUACACUCAGCCAAUCAAGACCCAGGCACCCAUCGGUGGUUACCAAGUGCCCAGCGGUGGAUCCUACGGAAACAGUGGUGCCAAGGCCAAUGCCGCUGCUAACGCCAACGCCAACGCUGCAGCUAACACAGGUUCAUACGGCCAGGGUGGAUCCAGCGGACUCUACGAGGUCGACGACUCUCAGAACGGCAUCAUUCUGAACCAGGGUCCUGCUGCUGGUUACGGUUCCGCAGGUUCCGGCGCCAGUGCUAAUGCCAACGCUAACGCUAACGCCAAUGCCGGAGGCAGCACCGGAGGCUUCAACGUCGUGCCAGCUGUGCCCAGCGGUGGAUAUGGUGGUUCCUCUGCCAACGCCAACAGCAACGCCAACGCCAAUGGUUUCGCGAGCGGUUCCGCCAGUGCUAACGCCAACGCCAACGCCUCGUCCAAGGGAUUCGGUGGCGCUAACGCCUCUGCUUCCGCGACGGCCAACGCAUCAGCUGGAAGCGGUGGCGGUUUCGGUCUCGGUGGUGGCUUCGCAUCCAAGAGCUCGGCUGAUGCUUCGGCCUCGGCCAGCGUCGACACGCGCGACAUGCUCAUCUUUACCAACUGAGAUUUCACUUUAAUUUCAACUAGAGAACUUUGUGUGUGAUAGACGCGCGCGGAGAGCGGAAUUUUUCCGAUCUCUCGCGUAUACGCUUAAUUUUUACUUCUAACUCGACGACGACGACGUCACGAUAUAAAAUACUCCGUGUGUAGAGGAUCGUGGAGCUGAUGUUUGUAUGUUUUCAUUAUUAUUUUUUUUUUAUAACGACAGCGAUAAUUAGCGUACUUAAUGCGUAGAUGUGUAAAUAUAGUAAAUGGACUCUCGUUACUUUUAAACGCGAGAUUCGAAACUGUGGAAGAUGACGCUUAUCUCCCAUGGGUCGAAGUAUCGAGGCUUUUUUUUCAUAAUGUUAUAGACUUUUUUCACAAGCCGUACGAUAUUUCAACUCGUUGGAUUUUCUAAUAGUAAGACAGAAUGCUCUCGUUAGCUCUCCUUGUGUAUGUUACGAUAAAUCAUAAUAAACUGAAUUUUCUUGUUAAACAUACAA